UAGAGUGGAGGACAGAGACAGGGAAGAUGGCGGCGCAGGAGACCGAAGCAGCACAGCAAUCCAGCGUAAGCAACGGCGAGGUGAGCAGUAAUGGUGCGGCUGCUUCAGGCCAGGUUGCGCAGACGGAUGCGGCUGCGCAGAACCCGCAGCAGCAGCAACCUAACGCCUGGCAAGUCAUUAAGGGCGUCCUUUUCAGGAUCUUGAUUAUAUGGGCCAUCAGCAGCUGGUUCCGCAGAGGGCCGUCGACCCCUGACCCCAGCACUCCUGCAGGUGCUCCCCGGGUGCCCAGCCGCAACCUCUUCCCCAAGGACACCCUUAUGGAUCUUUAUGUGUAUUUAUCUGAAAAUGAGGCAUUUUCAGACUUCAACAGAACAGAAGCCCUGUUCUGGUUUCAGCGGGACCUGGUCUAUGGAGACUGGACCACAGGAGACGCAGGAGACGGCUGCUAUGAGCAUUACCUAGAACUUGACACACCGGAGAGUGUGCAGCAGAACAGCUCGCUAUACAUCCAUGUGUAUUUCACAAAGAGUGGCUUCCAUCCAGAUCCAAAACGCAAAGGCCAGUAUCGCAGGCUAGCCACCGUCCAUGCUACACGGAUGUUGAACAAGUUCAAGCGUAGGAAGUUUCUGAAGACGAAGAACUUGCUGACAGGGGAGACCGAAGCUGAUCCUGAGAUGAUUAAGCGGGCAGAAAGUCAUGGCCCAGUGGAGAUCAUUUCUCACUGGCAUCCCAACCUGACUAUCAACAUGGUUGAUGAUCACACAGCCUGGGUGAAAGGCUCGGUGCCCCCUCCGCUCGACCAGCAUGUCAAGUUUGACGCAGUGAGUGGUGACUACUACCCCAUCGUUUACUUCAACGAUUACUGGAACCUGCAGAAGGACUACUACCCCGUAAACGAGACUCUAAAAAAGCUGCCCCUGCGCCUCACCUACUGCCCGCUCUCUCUGUGGCGCUGGCAGUUAUACGCAGCUCAGAACGCCCGUUCGCCCUGGAACUUCCUGAGCGAGGACACGUACGAGCAGUCCGAUGAGGAUCAGGAUUCUGUGAAGGUGGCACUGCUGGAGACUAAUCCCUACCUUCUGGGCCUGACUAUCGUCGUCUCCAUUGUGCACAGCAUCUUUGAGUUCUUGGCGUUCAAGAAUGAUAUCCAGUUCUGGAACAGUCGUCAGUCUUUGGAGGGUCUGUCCGUGCGCUCCAUCAUAUUUGGUGUGUUCCAGUCCCUGGUGGUACUCCUCUACAUCCUGGACAAUGAGACCAACUUUGUGGUGCAAGUCAGCGUCUUCAUCGGGCUGCUCAUCGACUUCUGGAAGAUCACUAAAGUCAUGGACGUCAGGUUGGACAGAGAGAACAAGAUUGCAGGAGUAUUUCCACGAUUGAUAUUCAAAGACAAGUCCACAUAUGUUGAGUCUUCAACUAAAAUCUAUGAUGAUAUGGCCUUUAAGUACCUGUCCUGGCUCCUGUACCCACUCUUUGGGUGUUACGCUGUUUACAGCUUAAUCUACGUAGAGCACAAAGGCUGGUACUCCUGGGUGCUCAGCAUGCUCUACGGAUUCUUGUUAACAUUCGGUUUCAUCACGAUGACGCCGCAGCUCUUCAUCAACUACAAAAUGAAAUCAGUGGCGCAUCUUCCGUGGAGGAUGCUCACCUAUAAGGCACUAAACACGUUCAUAGAUGACCUGUUUGCCUUUGUGAUCAGAAUGCCCAUGAUGUACAGAAUAGGCUGUCUUCGAGAUGAUGUAGUGUUCUUCAUCUACCUGUACCAGAGGUGGAUCUACAGAGUGGAUCCGAACCGCGUCAACGAGUUUGGCACGAGUGGAUUGGACCCCAACAGAGAGAUCUCAGCUCAGGCACCAGUGGGAGACACAGCAACCACCGCCAUCACAGAUAAACCAGAGGAGGAGAAGAAGAACGAUUAAUGUGCUUUACACUCUUUCCUGUCUACUGAAGGUGUAUCAGACAUCUUCAAAGCUGAGUUUAAUGUCUAAUCAUCAGGAAAGCGAACUGGAAUAUUGGUAUUCUAUAAAGGACACUGCGUGAAAUUUCAGUUCAUCUUUCCGCUUUUUUUUUUUUUGUAUGAGAUCAACAACAACAAAAAAACAACUCAUUUAAUGUAGAAUUCCUAAUAUUUUUCAAUCUCCCACAUUUUGCAAUCAAGGUGAAGUAAAAAUGUGAUGUACUGUAGUGUAUAUUUUUGGGUUGGUUAACACUACCAUUAUGAGGACUUCAUGAGUAAGCAAGUCCCAUUAGUGCAAAUGGGCUUUUUUUUUUUUUCUUCCCCCUUUCCUUUCCUCUGUGGAUUCCUUGUCAUGUUCUUUUCUCAUUCCAUGCCUGAGUGGUAUGUACCAGGACAGUGGUGAGUAGUGUGAGAGGAAGCAGCACAACUUCUAGAGAACAUGGGCUGCCCAACCUGUACACUACUCACUGGAGACUGUGAAUUAUUUUUUUAAGGGUUGGUGUUCUAAGCUUGAACAAAAAAAAAAAAAGCAGCCUUGUAGGUAUUAAAGUAAUUAUAUUAACGUGUUAAUAAUGAUUCAUACCAUUUUGUUUUUCAGUGUCAGUUUGUUUUAAGCCUGUACAGUCAGCUGGUGAAAUAUAAUAGUGCUGCUGACACGAGCAGGAAAUUUUGGUCAGGUUAUAUUUUUUCCCCAGUUACUUUCACGCACUCCACUCCAGCGCAGGACCAUUGUGGCGUGUUAAUGUGGCUGCAACUGUAGGCUCUGCUGCGUCAGAUAUGGGUUGAGUCAUCUGAAUAUUUUUGGGACAAAAUUUGGGCCUUCUUUGUCUUGCUUCCCCCACCCUGAAAUUGGAAUUGUUGGCCUUUUAUUUUGGUACCAUUAAAGAUUGAUCACUCAUGUUUUUAGUAAAGCGUAAGUGCAGUUUAAAGAUA